AUGAAGGAAUCUCAGCAAACUUGUGGUGCAGCGCUGGUCGUCCGUGGCGACCAAGUCCAACUUGUUUCUCCCAACACCAUUCCCGCUCAUCUCUGUGCAUUCGCCUCGCAACACCGUCACAUCACGCUUUCCAAGGCAUCGGCCAUUCUAUCGUCCUCAAGAUCGGUAUCACAUGCACCAUCAGCGUCAUCGUCAUCAUCGAUACAACUCCAUGCCCAAUUGACCUCUCAGCGCGAUCAAUCCUACGUGAUGGCAUCAACAUCAGUCUUCAUCGAUGUCUUGCAUCGUGUUCGUGAGGCUGCUGAGGUCUGCAAUAAAGGCUCGUUUGCACCCGGCGUCAAGAGCACAUUCAAAGAUCUCAUGGGGCUCAUUGCGGCCAAGGACUAUAACCAUUGGACACCGCUCCACAAAUUCAGAAUCGACUUCUGCCACCGCCUCUGUAACUACUUGAAUGUUGGGCCAUUCCCCCUUGACGAGCCUGACGAAUGCGACGAAAAUACAGCUACACCCAUCUGCCUUAAUGCUUUUGCUCGCGUGGAAUCCGACCAUCGCCAGACCGUGGGAUCCAUCAUACAUGCCAUUUGUGCCAACAGGGAGAUCGACCCCCUGACGGACGACAUAGCUGCUCAGACCGACUUUGACGUGCUUUUCCACGGCAUCCGCCAUGAUCUGGAGUGGGAGAGCCGCUCCCUUGAGCUACAGCAAGCCUUUAUCGGUGCGCUUCGCGACCUGCUUGGCAAAGGGGGAGUGAAACGAACCGGACCAGACAAGUCAAUGAAGUGGUUCAGGUUGCGUCUUUUCGCUAAGGUCUACGGCAGGCUAUGGCCAGAGUACAAAUUUCCUUCAUACUUCCCAGGUGAAAGGAGUGUCAGCGCCAUGAGGACGGAGCAUGAGCGAGUCGUCGACCAGCGAAUGCUGUACAAUGCAUUAAAAGACGAGCCAGACUGCGACGACUUCGGGCCUUCAGGGGUCCCGCCCAAGAAUCCAACUAAGCGCAAGAGGGAGGAAAAUGUCGAUGCAAAGAGGGAUACCCGCACUGUCAAGAGAAUAAUGAACAAUGCCGCUGUCGAGCUAGAAGACGUCAGUUUGAGCGCGGCAGACUCGUCCCACCUGGACAUGGCUGAGGAGGAACCUAUUACCAGUGGAUAA